AGAGCUGCUGAUGGAGCCAGAUGAAAAAGACAGGAGGCGAGCCCCUCCGGUUGCGCGUCAGCAUCCCCUCAAAUAGGAAUCCGCUUCUGUCACUUCUGCCCUGCGCACCGAGAGACGGACGACGGCAACCCCGAAACAACACCUGAAGGAGAAUUUUAUUUGGCAUAUAGCGUUUUCUUUUUUUUCUUUUGUAAUGCCAAAGAAGAAGAGUAAAGGGAGGCUGUGAGGAGGCUGGAGCGUUGCAAAGAAUGAUAGUGAGGAUCAAGGCGCGCUGUCCCAGGAGAACUCAUCUCAAAAGCUGGCCGUGAGAGACCGGGAUGCUCCUCUAACGCACCGGGGGCGAGUUUUCCUUAGCAGACGGUCAGAGUGGCAGAGUUUAAGCUUGAGUAAGGAAGUGUGCAAGACGGAGUGGGUGUCAUGGAAAGACAAGGAGGAACUAAUGAAAAUCUUACCUACCAAAACCUGCUUCUCCUGGGAGCCAUUGCAGCAGCGUCUGCCUUUGUGGUCACCAUCCUCAUUGUCCUUGUCUGUGUUGGCUGCCAAAGGAAAAGCAAGAGCAAGCACCCUCCGGCCGGAGAGAAAGGGACAUCUGUAAAUAUGCAGGGUACCCUUCGCCAUCCGAAACUCAACUCCAUGAGUAAAUCUGACACCAGGCUCCAUGAGAUCAAUCGCUUUCCCUGCAAUGGAAACUCUGUUAGUAAGAGCCGUCCAGCCAGUAUGGACCUCCUGCUCCUCCACAGUCGCCGCUCCCAGACAGACCUGAGGCCCUCCCAUGGCCGCCAGCUCCCCCAGAUCCCCAACAGUCCACAGAGAUCUGGGCAGGGAGGAGAAGGGGAAACAGGAGGGGAAGGGGGAGGCGGAGGAGGAGGAGGAGGGGAAGCCAGAGACCACACCUAUACCGAGGUGGGCCUGCGCAAUAACCCCACCCCUACCCACUACUUGGAUGAUGGCCUGUAUGAAAGUGUAGGUGUGCGGGAAGGCCCCAAGGUAGCCUCUGCACCUCCAACCACAUCAGCCAACGCUGCAGCUGCAGUCAGGGCUCCUCAAAGCCCCUCUGCUCAUGCCAGUGGAGCUCGUAAUGGAAAUGGGAACGGUACCAGAGGGAAUGGCACCAGCAAUGGACCAAUGACAGGAAGAGGUAAUGGGGCAAGUGGGGUCAACAGGUCACCUCUCUCUUCUGUCAAUUCCCUGGCCGUUCAAGAUCCAUCUGCAGCUGAGUAUGCUUCUAUACGAAAGUUUAGAAAGGUUGACAAGUUAAACAGGAAGGAAAACAAUGGGGCCGACAGCCAGUCAGACAGCCAAUCGAGCGUGAGUGAUUCACCCUCUGCUGGUCCUCCUCCACUACAUCGCAGUCAAGAGUUUCCACGGAAACCGCUGGAGCCAUUUCACCUGCACUCCUUCCCAAAGGAAGCAGUGUUCAUGGGCAAUGGGGAACAGUACAUCUGGAAGCCUCCAGAGGACAAUGACAUCAUCACCUUGCACCCACCUCCACACCAUGGGGAAAAUGGACAGGGGCACCCAUUGCCUCCAACUGCAAAGGAGAUUGCAGACACCUACUCCAUCGUAUGUAAAACUCAGAAAAAGAAACCCAUGGAACACAAUGGAGCCAAGACCCUCCCACGAUCCUUUGGUGGGGAGAGAGGAAACAUGGGUUCUCGGGGCCGAGGUAGAGGAGUCCAGUGCCAAGCACGAUCCCAGGAGGAGCCCUGCUAUGAGCCUGUGGGAGACAGGUCCUGGUCCUCCCCAGUGGCCGAGUCAGACCCAGCGUACGCGACUAUCGACCCGCACCGGAAACGUGAGCAAGGGGGAACCAAUAACAGCACAGCUGGGGGUAGUGCCACUCUGAAGAGAAAGAAACAGACACCGCAGCAGCAGCAGCAGCAGCAGCAGCAGCAGCAGCAACAGCAGCAGCAGCAGGCAGCACCAGCAGCACCUCAAGCCUCAGGACCAAGCUCCCUUCCUGUUAGAGGCCUGCCUGGUGGGGAAAACUUCUAUGAGACCAUCAGUGAUGUGAAACAAGGGGGCAACAGCACUACCACCAUCUUUACUUUCAAUGAUGGCAUGGAGAUGUAUGUCACAGGCCUGUAGCUGACUGACAGGCAAAGGGCCUCAGAACCCACUGGUAUAGAGUCUGGAGAUUUUCCUGUUCACAGGACAACAGGUUGCUGUACAUAGACACAAGGCCCUCAAUAGUCAAACAACAUGAGGAUCCAUUUUGUGUUGAAAUCAGGUACAAACAGGGUCUUUAUCCAGGUUCAGACUUCCCUUGAUUGGUCUGUACUUAAGAACCAGCCUAAGCCUAGUCCAGCCCAAAUAUGGACUAAAUUCAUUUGAACAAAAAAAAAAGAAAAAAGAAAAAACUGGGAUUCACAUCUUCAAUCUGCUGUUUCACUCACCUUACUCACCUGUUUGUGCAUCAUUUUCCAUUAUAUCUUUAUUUUUAUAUGAAAAUUCUUUACUCUAAAGAGUAUGUGUUGUUAAUUACAACCUCAGAAGAACACACUUUAAUAUAUAUGAAAAAAACAAGAAAUGUGCAUGCAUUGUGCAACUAAAAACACAUGAAAAUAGUUGUAGCAGUGAAAGUGGCUAUAUUGUACAAGGAAUAUGAGGCACACUGUAACGUAUUGUCCCCAGUAUGCGCGCAUACAAACAUACACACACAGGCUCCAUCCAUCCAUAUGCCUUAUCUUACACAUAUGGAUGUCACAGAGAUUUGCAGCUCUAUCUCUCCUUAAACAAACACCCGAAACAGGUUUUCAUUGUGCACUGACCCGUUGCCUGGCACACAGCAUUGAGGUGUUGUGUUCAAACAUAGACCUAUGAUUUUUAGGCCUGUUUAAACGUGAAGGAUAUUGUCCUUUCCCCCAAAAUGAUCCAACUCAAGCUUAUUAGCAGUUUUCAGUAACAACCCACUUGAUAACCACAGAACACAACAGUUGGCUCAAUAAUGUAACUUCCACUUAAAUGCAGAGAUUAGUUAAAAAAAAAAUCCUCACUUAAACGUGACAUCUGUAGCUUGAGGCAUGUUGACACACCCCAACACACACCCUCACACAUAUGCACAUAUUUGGCAGGCAUGCAGGCAAAAGUGAUCAGGUCAGGGGUGUUGAAUGACUUGUGCAAGAAUCUCCCUAGAGUGAUUUGGGUGAUAGAUUUCACAAUGCUUUUACAGUAUUGUUGCGUUAACCAAGAGAAAAAUAUUUUCAAAAAAAAAAAAGGAAGUGAAAGAGUGUCCAAAAUAAUACAGGAUGCUUCAUCAUAUGCAGAUAAUGUCAUAGCUUUUGGGCACUGUAAACAUCUGAUUUUAUGACUAUUUUAGCACUGGACAGCUGCAGGACUGCUGGGCUUAAUUGUGCAUUGUUGUGCUGUAAAGGGCACAGUUCUGAUUCGUUUUCUGGGCUCAAGUUAAACCCAGAGCUCCUCGUAGCUUACCAGAUUUAAAUCUUGUGGUUGAAAUAGCAACAGAGGCCUUGGACUCCAAGGAAAAUAAAGAGCUGGGCAUAAAAAUUACCAGCAAGUCUCUUUUGGAAGGUUGCCCCUCUCCCCACCCAUGUCUCCAGCCUCUGUCCAGGGUUCUCUUCCAUUAUAAACAAUGUCUUUCCCAUGUAGCUUUGGGGAACAUUAAGGAAAGAAAGAACAGAGGGAAAAAAACAAAAUAUUUGAGGCUUAAUAAAUGGGUAUAAAGAUAUGAGGUGAAGAGAGAUACAAACUGCUCAGAGGGUGAGAGUAAAAGGAUGUAUUUGAAUGAUCUCACUGUGAGACAACAUGCAGAGAGAAGACAGAUGUAGUAAAUCGAUAGAUUCUAUUGUGUCAGAAAGUAUGUAAAAACAAAUGCACUCUGUAUUUUAAUGCACUGAUUAUUUUUUUCUUACCUACUGACAGUUUCAUUGGUUGAAUAGCUCAUACCACUGCCAUGAAAACAGUAUGUUUAUGUUGUUGGUGCAAUAUUUCCUGCUUGGGUCCAAAAAAAAAAAAAGUGCAUGCUUUAAUAUAUGGAGAUGAAAAAUAUCGUGGUACUUAAUUGAUCUCUUGUUUGUUAAUCUUUUCUGUUGUACUUUUUUUGCCAUGUGAAAUGUGAAAAAGCAGUUUUUCCAAAGCAACAACUUCGAGGAGCAGGGGAGAGAAAGAGAGUUAUCAGGGAGGAGCUGCUGGGAGUUUAGGGUAGAGCUGUGUUUAUUCUCUGCUGUGGAGAAGCAAGAAAGAGUCAUGGUGGGUGGGGGUGGGGGGUGAGGGUGAGGGUGCACAGCUAAUAUAAUGCUGGAUGAUGCUCACUGCAAAUGGACACAGACCCAAAGGACCCUCCUCCUCCUCCUGUGUGUGCACAGAGAGCAGCAUUCAGCCAUGUGCUUCUCCAGUUUUUUGGGGUUUUUUUUUGGGGGGGGGCAUUUUGUUAACACUUGGUCAGCUCUUGCAUGCACUCCCUUUUCCACCUGUGUUCAUUCUUCAACACAGAUCUUUUUUUGCUUAGCUUCGCCUUCCUCCCUCCCUUGCUGUGCAGGUGAGGCCUUUGAUGUGCGGUUCUGAGAGACUCUGGGAGUGAAAUGAGGGUUGAGGAAGGGGCAGAGGCUGUGGGUCACACCAGCCCCAGUCUGAUAUCAACAAUGCACCCUUGGCUCAACUAAUGUCUAAUAUGAGAAAUGGCCAACAGCUGAGACGCUUAACAAGCUCUGGUCAGGCUUCCCUUAAACAAUGCCGGCUGGAAACCGCUAUUGCACUUAAUCCUUUUUCUUUGGCUGUCACCUAAUGUGUCACAUUUCUUUUAUCCAGAGAAAAAAAAAUAGCACUGAUCAGAUAUGUUUGGUUGUUAUACACACAUCGAGACAGAUGUUCAUUGCACAAAUACAGUAUGACGAUGUAAAUGUGUAAACUACUAUGUUGCUGUUCUGAUGUCGUUGCAAUGUAACAUACAGUAUACAGUAUAUUUGUUGAAAAAAAAAAAAGAUGGUUAUCACAGACACAUUGUACUUUGUGGAUGCAAAAUCUUUCAUGCUUUCCAUGCAGAUACAGAUGCUGUUUCUUAAUUGUCUUCUGAUAUAAAUAUGGGCCAAUACUGCUGUGACAGCUGUAGCCAAUGUUGUAUGUUCUUAAAGCACAGGUUUUAGUUUGAAAAUAAUUCAUAUAACAAAAUAUAGUGUAACAGUGCAGAUACUGUAUGCAGAAGAUUGUAAUGUUUUAUAUUAACCUUCAUAAAAUAUUAAAGUGAGUUUUUACUUUUCUA